AUGCCAUAUGAGUGUCUAGAGCCUUUUGAUGAAAAAAUUUUAUCAGUCAGUCGUUCAUAUACAGAAAUACCUGGACCUAAACCAGUUCCAUUUUUUGGAAAUACUUGGAGAUUUAUCCCAAUCAUAGGUGAUUUUAAUAUUCAAUCAAUUGAUAAAGUUUCGAAACAGCUACAUGAAAAUUAUGGUGAUAUUGUGAAAAUUGGUGGGCUAUUGGGUCGACCUGAUAUGGUUUUUCUUUAUGAUGCAAAUGAAAUUGAAAAAGUAUACAGACAAGAAGAACGAAUGCCCUAUCGACCAUCAAUGCCUUCUCUUAAUUAUUACAAACACAAAUUACGAAAAAAUUGGUUCAAUGAAGAGGCUGGUGUCAUUGGAAAUCAUGGUGAAAGUUGGUACAAUUUUCGUAGUAAAGUACAACAAGUGAUGCUUCAGCCCAGAGUUGCCCACAUGUACAUUGGAGCCAUUGAAGAAUCCAGCCAGGCGUUUAUAAAUAGAAUAGAAAAAAUUAAAGAUCAUCAUGAUGAAACUCCAGAUGAUUUUUUAAAUGAAAUUCACAAGUGGUCUGUUGAAUCUAUUGCUCAAGUUGCAUUAAAUGUUAAGCUCGACUGCAUGAGUGAUAAUUCCAGCGAUGAAACACAAGAAUUAAUUGAUGCUAUUCAUACUUUUUUUACAAAUGUCGGUAUUCUUGAAUUAAAAAUACCAUUUUGGAAAAUAUUUAAUACACCAACAUGGAAAAACUAUGUUAAAUCUCUCGAUACAAUAUUCAAUUUUACAACAAAAUACUGCAACAUAGCUAUGAAAAAAUCAAAAAAUAAUAAAAAAUGUCCAGAUGAAUUUUCACUUCUUGAAAGAAUUUUAGAAAUUAAAGGAGAUACAAAAUUGGCAUCUGUUCUUGCAUUUGAUUUAUUUCUCGUUGGCAUUGACACAACGUCAAAUGCAAUAGCAUCAGUGCUUUUACAAUUAGCAUCACAUCCUGAAAAACAAUUAAUAUUACACAACGAAAUAAUGAAAAUAUUACCAUCGAAAAAUAUGAAAAUUAAUCCUAAAAAUAUUGAAGAUUUAAAAUAUUUAAAAUCAUGUAUCAAAGAGACUUUACGACUGUAUCCAGUUGUUAUUGGAAAUGGACGUUGUAUGACAAAAGACACAAUAAUAAAUGGUUAUCAUGUUCCAAAAGGAGUACAAGUUAUUUUUCAACAUUGUAUAAUUAGUAAUAAAGAAAAAUACUUUCCUCACUGUAAUGAGUACUUACCAGAGAGAUGGAUGAGUGAAAGUGAAAGACGUCAUCCAUUCGCAUCGUUACCAUUUGGCUAUGGUAGACGAAUGUGUCUUGGGCGAAGAUUUGCUGAUCUUGAAAUGCUUAUUGUUCUUAUCAAGAUUAUUCAACAUUACAAAUUAGAAUACAAAUAUGAAAAAUUGGAUUAUUAUAUUAAUCCAGUUUACACACCAAAAGGACCACUUAAAAUUAAAUUUAUCAAAAGAAAUUAA